UGGAGGGAAGAGUAGAGAGAGUGGGGGGGUGCUUGAUGCUGAGAGAAGAGCGUCGCACUCGGAGCAGGAAUCAGCCGCGCUCGCCGCUCCGUCGCUGAGAGUCUUUUAUUCCUCGACUACUGGGGUCACUCCCCUUUUAUUUUCCACCUUCCACCUUAGUCAUCGUUAAUUGCAUGCCUGGCUGCACACACACAAAAAAGAUGCUUGGGAUUUAACGCCUUAAUCGUCCGUCUCUCUCUCCUGGAAUAUUCCUGCCUCCCCUCCCUGAGUGUGUGUACGGUAGAUGCGGACCGCCGCGGCCAUGCAGCAGAUUCUGCAUUUCUCUGUGUCCUUCCUCAUCGUCUUGUGGGGGUGCGCGCACGGAGGCUCGCCCAGCGUCCAAAUCGGGGGGCUCUUUCCGAGGGGCGCGGACCAAGAGUACAGCGCCUUCCGGAUAGGCAUGGUCCAGUUUGGUACGGCUGAGUUCCGGCUCACGCCUCACAUUGACAACCUGGAGGUGGCCAAUAGCUUCGCUGUCACCAAUUGCUUCUGCUCGCAGUUCUCCAGGGGAGUCUACGCCAUUUUCGGAUUCUACGACAAGAAGUCGGUCAACACCAUCACGUCGUUCUGCGGCACUUUGCACGUGUCCUUCAUCACGCCCAGCUUCCCGCUGGAUGGCAACCAGCAGUUCAUCAUCCAGAUGAGGCCCGACAUCAAGGGGCCGCUGCUCAGCCUCAUCGAGUACUACAAGUGGGACAAGUUCGCCUAUCUGUACGACAGCGAUCGAGGCCUGACGACGCUUCAGGUGGUCCUGGACACGGCGGCCGAGAGGAAGUGGCAAGUGACUGCCAUCAACGUAGGCAACCUGAAAGAUGAGCGCAAGGAUGAAGCGUAUCGCUCGCUUUUCCAGGACCUGGAAAAUAAGAAGGAGCGGAGGGUGAUCCUGGACUGUGAACAGGACAAAGUCAAAGACAUCAUGGACCAGGUCAUCACCAUUGGCAGACACGUAAAAGGCUACCAUUACAUCAUAGCCAAUCUGGGUUUUGUCGAUGGCGACCUAUCUAAAAUCCAGUACGGCGGUGCCAAUGUGUCAGGCUUCCAGAUUGUGGAUUUCGACGAUCCGCUGGUGUCCAAGUUUGACCAGCGGUGGGAGGCCCUGGAGGAGAAGGAGUAUCCGGGAGCAGAUAACAAGAUCAGGUACACAUCGGCCUUGACAUACGACGCGGUGCAGGUGAUGACGGAGGCCUUCCGCUACCUGCAUAAGCAGCGUAUCGACUUCACCCGGCAGGCCAACGCUGGCGACUGCCUGGCUAACCCAGCCGUUCCCUGGGCUCAGGGAGUGGAGAUCGAGCGAGCGCUGAAGCAGGUACGCGUGGAGGGCCUGACGGGCAACAUCCAGUUUGACCAACACGGCAAGCGUGUCAACUACUCCGUCAACAUCAUGGAACUAAAGAACAACGGCCCUGUAAAGAUUGGCUACUGGAACGAGGUUGACAAAAUGGCCGUCACCAAAUCCGACAUCUCUGCCAACGACUCGACGGGGAUGGAAAAUAAAACGGUCAUUGUCACCACCAUCUUGGAAGCUCCUUACGUCAUGUUGAAAAAGAACGCUGACCUCUUUGAGGACAACGACCGCUACGAAGGCUACUGUGUGGAUCUGGCCGCUGAGAUCGCCAAACAUUGCGGCUUUAAAUAUCAGCUGAAAAUUGUCGGCGACGGGAGAUACGGGGCCAGGGAUGCCGAGACCAAAAUCUGGAACGGGAUGGUCGGCGAGUUAGUGUACGGGAAAGCCGACAUCGCCGUGGCUCCACUGACCAUCACCCUGGUCCGAGAAGAGGUGAUUGACUUCUCCAAACCUUUUAUGUCUCUGGGGAUCUCCAUCAUGAUCAAAAAGCCCCAGAAGUCCAAGCCUGGCGUCUUCUCCUUCCUGGACCCGCUGGCCUAUGAGAUCUGGAUGUGCAUCGUGUUCGCCUACAUCGGCGUCAGCGUGGUGCUCUUCUUGGUCAGCCGCUUCAGCCCGUACGAGUGGCACACCGAGGAGUACGAGGACGGCCAGAUCCAGACCAACGAGUCCACCAAUGAAUUUGGCAUAUUUAACAGCCUGUGGUUCUCCCUGGGGGCCUUCAUGCGACAAGGCUGUGAUAUUUCGCCAAGGUCUCUAUCGGGCCGCAUCGUCGGCGGCGUGUGGUGGUUCUUCACGCUCAUCAUCAUCUCCUCCUACACGGCCAAUCUGGCUGCUUUCCUCACUGUGGAGCGGAUGGUGUCACCCAUUGAGAGCGCUGAGGAUCUGGCCAAGCAGACCGAGAUUGCGUAUGGCACGCUAGACUCAGGCUCCACUAAAGAGUUCUUUAGGCGUUCUAAAAUUGCCCUCUUUGACAAAAUGUGGACAUACAUGCGGAGUGCGGAGCCCUCGGUGUUUGUGAAAAAAACAGCCGAGGGUGUUCUGAGAGUCCGCAAGUCCAAGGGCAAGUACGCCUAUUUGCUGGAGUCCACCAUGAAUGAAUACAUUGAGCAGCGCAAGCCGUGUGACACCAUGAAGGUGGGAGGCAACCUGGACUCCAAAGGCUACGGGAUCGCCACGCCCAAAGGAUCCUCAUUAAGAACGCCAGUAAACCUUGCGGUAUUGAAACUCAGUGAGCAAGGCGUCUUAGACAAGCUGAAAAACAAAUGGUGGUACGAUAAGGGUGAAUGUGGAGCCAAGGACUCUGGAAGUAAGGAGAAGACCAGCGCCCUCAGCCUGAGCAACGUGGCUGGGGUCUUCUACAUUCUGGUCGGAGGACUCGGCUUGGCCAUGCUGGUGGCCUUGAUCGAGUUCUGUUACAAGUCCCGAGCUGAGGCCAACCGAAUGAAGAUGACUUUCGGAGACGCCAUGAGAAACAAAGCGAGACUUUCAGUCACCGGGAGCACUGGGGAGAAUGGUCGGGUGAUGACUCCGGAGUUUCCGAAGGCCGUCCACGCCGUCCCGUACGUCAGGCCCGACAUGGGCCUCAACGUCAGCCUGACAGACCUGUCCUGAUCCCAGACCAACUUCCGAGUGCCUUACCAUGGUUUCAAAAAGUAAAGAAAAAAAAGAGCGCUUUUGUUCUUUUUUCUUCCAAAAGGUUUGUCCCCCCCCUCCCCCCAUCCCUGACACUUCCUGCUCUCGCUGUUCUGGCACUUUUUUUCUUGAAUGGGAACGUCAGAGAUUGCAAAGACUUGGUUCUUGGUCGCUAUUAACCCCCCAACGUUAAAAAAAAAAAAAAAAAGGCAAUCCUGGAAUAUCUUGGGAGUUUUAUUUCCCUUCCUAAAUGUGUGAAAGCGAGGGAUUGAUUGACAGUCGUUUCGCGCAAAUCAUCUGAACUGUGUGUGCGCAUGCGUGUGUUUGUGUUUGUGAAUCAGUUGCCACCGCCACAUCCCAAACAGGAAGCACAUCCACGUUUUAAGAAAUGUGAAAUAGUCCUUUGAAGAUUUUCUUAAGAAAAGCCCAAGAAAAUAGACAACAAGAAACUAUUUUUAUGUAUUUUCACAAAAUAGCUUUUAAAGAAACUCGCCGGCUGGAUUUAAACAUGUGUGUGGAGAUGAAAGAAAAAAUAGGAAACAACAACCGUAAUCAUGUAAUUAAAUUCCUGUAUAUUUUAUUCAUUAACAGUUGGUGUCGAUACAAACUAUAUGUCAAUGCUUGACACUUUUGGAAUCUUCGUUUUCACUCAUGUUUCUAAACUUCGGUGAUUUUCUUUUCUUCUGCCCGCUGUUUGUAUUUUUUUCUGCCGAGGACCAGGGUCGUUUGUUGCGCUUUCAGGAGGAAGUGAACCUGUUUACACGCCAUGAAUGCAAAAUAUAUAUAUUAAAAAAAACACACAUACAAAAAAACAAAAAACAGUAGAAAAGGGCGUUCAAGAGGCAUCAGUAUUCACCAUGGGGAAAAUGCCCAAAUGCCAAAUAAGUGAAGGGUGCCAAAUCUUAGUGCCAGUAGAUGAUGAAUAUAGAGUCUUAAUAUAAUCACUCACUGUCAUUUCAGUGAAUGUAAAUGACUUUUUUGUAAACUAUAGAUGUACAGUCGGUGGUGAUGACACUGCUAAUAAUGAUAAAUAAAUAGCCUUUUUUUCGGGGUUGUUUUUGUUGUAUUUGUUUGUAUUUUUGCAUCCACCCGACGACCUAGCAGCGGUUUCUGCAUGUCGUUUGCCGCUGUUGUGACAAGACUUUUGUUCUGUUUUCGUUACUGCCCAAAAAAAACAACACACACACACAACAGCGUUUACAUUUUAACGUAGAAGUCGUGACGGUGUUUUAAAUUUUCUGAAAAAAGAUACACAUACAUACAGUAUACAUAUAUAUAUAUAUAUAUAUAUAUACAUACAUAUAAACAUAUAUUUUGUAUAAAAAGGUGAACUUUUAAAAAAAGCAUAGCCCCCUUUUGAUGAUAGUGUCAAAGCUAAUUAAUUAACGGAGACGUCAGAAAAUGUUUUGUUGUUUUUCUAAAAAUAAGCACUUCUAAAUUCAUAAGACUCACUUUAUGGCUUUUAUGACCUGUUAAGAGCCCCCGUGUAUGAUACAUAAGGGGUAAUUAUCUGUCUUAUUAUUAUCAUUAUUAUUACUAUGGCUGUUGUUUUUGUAUUCUGACAAUAGAUAACACGCAUAUACUUGUAGUCGCUUCUAAGUUCCAUAUGGCGUAAAUUCAGGCUAUUCUCACUGACAUUUUGUAUUAUGGAAUGUGUGCUAACUUGUUUAUUUUUGGGACUCUUUCUUAAAUAAAUUUGAAAAAAAUGGC